AUGAUGGAACCCCCAAUGAAUAAUACAUGCUUGCUUAAGAGCAGCAACUUUUCCUAUAUUCCAAGGAGCUAUGACAAAUUCUGUUCUAGCGCAUCCCUUAAGCACUUGAACGUUUGUUCUUCUAGAUGUUCAUCAACUGAUGUAUGUGGUGCCCUUCACGAUUCCUCCUCUAUUGAUAGUGCAGAUUUAUAUAUUUCAAACUGUGGGGAUUGUGCGCGUUUUGAAAAUUUAUCUAUAUCAUCUAACGACACUGAUUGCAAAACUUUUGAUUCAGGCGUAAGCGUGACAACUCAUGAUUCUGGGAAUAAAGACAUUUCCCUUACGAAUAAGCACCAUGUUAAGGAGAAAAAUAAGGAACACUUUAUCACUAAAGACUCUAGAGGAAAGAGUAAUGUAUUUGCUCAUAAGGUAUGUCCCUCUUUUGACUCUUCAGGUAGACUGGAAAUGCAUACCUCAAUUCCUCCUGAAUUACCCCCUCCUCCCACUUCCCCUCCUCCUCCUCCUCCGUAUAGUGCCAAGCAUAAUAUAGUCAGUGGCUUAACCUCUUCCAACCAUUUAUCUCUGUGUAAUAACAAAUCGAUAAUAAAUGGUUCCACAACCUCAGGGUGCCAGUCUGAAGGUUCAAGUGACCAAAAGUCUCAAAGAAUGCUGGCUAAUGAUAAACUAGACAUUACUGCUAAUACUACAUUUUCUACCUGCAAUAAAAACUCUGAGCCUGAGACUUCUUUAUUGUAUUUGCCUCUGGAAUCAACAAAUAAUACGAACCAUAAUUCCCUAACGGAUUCUACAACUAAGACUGUCAGUUCUCAAACCACUGGUUCAUCAACUCAACGCAAAGCUUCUUUCCCUAACCCGACCUCCAGUUUGUCAUCUUCAACGACUGGAUCUUCAGGUGCGAGUCAUUCUGCCGCUUCGCAUAGUCAUGGGCUUGUGACAAGACAACAUGGAUAUAUCAGUCUUGAGCACAAUCUAGGUAUAAUUCAUGUUUAA